AAGGAAAGAUGACUAUGUGUACAGUUCCCACUGUAGUUACUCCACAUAGUGCGACAAGAGAACGAAGAACUGAUAGAAGAAUAUCAGCCGGUAAGAGAUUAGCAAUGGUUCGCGCUUUUCCCGGUAAGGUACGCACAACUACUAGAAGGAGCCUUGACCCCUGUGAUAAUUCUAAUGAUAGCGGUUUAGGAUUUGAUCAUCACAUUGUUGAUCAUCGAACAAAUUUAACAGAUCGUUUGACAUGGACUGGAGAACGAGCGGAAGCUAAACGACCAAGAUUGGACAUUAAAUUAGAAGACGAUGAGAUCAAUGACAAUUUUAGUUUUCCCGAAACAAUAAGAACUUGUAAAGACACAAUGUCAAUAAUACGUACAGCUCCAUCGUCUACAACUCCAUCUCUUAACCUACAUGGAACACAAAGCAGUAAUGGUACCCAUGCAGUUCCUCGAUGCACACCACUUAUAAGUCGUGUAUCAUCCUCACAAUCAGUUAAUCUCACAUCACAGCUCGCAAAUGUCUCCCGCGAAGCGAGCGUUAGUUUGAGAAUAAUCAGUCAGCCAGAACAACAACACAGAGCACGGUAUCAAACUGAAGGUAGUAGAGGCGCGGUUAAGGAUCGUACUGGAAAUGGUUUCCCUGUCGUACAACUUGUGGGAUAUCAGAAACCUGCAACUUUACAGGUAUAGUGCACUUUUAUAAAU